ACCGCAAUGAAGUGCAUAAUGGUCUCCCAUGAAAGUAAAGCUGAGUCCGAAUUUGAUAGUCUGUCACGGCGGAAUUUGCGAGUACAAAAAAGAAGGCCACUUCUGCCUUCCGGUGCAAAAAAGGGAGGUGCUUGGCAGACGGUCUCAAAGGUGACCAUCGGAACCCCUAAAUAUACCCAUCGAAUACCACCAUGAAACUAAUUCCAGUCGGUGGGUAUGAACCCUUAUUUCAGGAAUAUAUAAGUCUACCAAGGCUUUUCUUGCCGAAACACCUUGACAGACGAGAUUAUGUAAGCAAGGUCACCAUCGCUACCCCUAAAGUACAUCGAUCUGAUACCACCCUCCAUAUUUCUAUCCUCCAUAUUUCAAGUCUUGAUUUAGAAGCCCGGCCACGGAGUUAUAAAAUUAUUUGAUUAGUCCACAGAUAAUCACAGCAUUCGCAAUGGCUCGCUCUUCACUGAUCCUGCCUGUGCUCGCACUUCUGCUCAUCGACGCCUGCUAUUCUGCCAGCAUUCCUCGAGGCUUCGACCCUCGGCUGUCAGAGGAGGUGGUGAUGGUGCCAAAGAAGAGGCCGUUCUGCAACGCGUUCACUGGGUGCGGUCGCAAGAGGUCCCAAGGCUCCCCCGGCAUGCCCGUCCAAGAGCUGAUGAGACAACGACAGUUCGUCGACGACGAUACCCUCCCAAUACUGGAAUCUGAGAACGGGAUCGACGAUCUCUCUCGCCAGAUUGUAUCCGAGGCCAAGCUCUGGGAGGCGAUCCAAGAGGCCAGCGCAGAAAUAGCCAGAAGGAAACAGAAGGAGUUCCAGUAAAGAAGGAAGAUUGAGGCGGUUACUGGAAUUUUGUCGCAAUUUUAGGGGAAAAUUACGCAAUUAUGGAAUUUG